AAAAUAAAAGGGGGAACAAAAAGGAAGCUUGUUCCUUCACCUCGAAUCCUAUGAUCUCUCUUCCAAAACCCUAAAAGAAAUUCCUUCUUGCCAUCUCUCUCUCUCUCACGCCAUGGGCUCAAUGCAUUUCGCAAUAUUUACUCUCUUCACAAUGCUCUUCAUAAACCCACAUCCAUCAUCAGCUUCAUCUCUCCCAAUUUCUGUAAACGAAAAAAACAUUUACGACAUUCUCAACUCCCAUGGCCUCCCUGUUGGUCUUUUACCCAAAGGAAUUACCAAUUUUUCAAUGGAUCCAUCAUCGGGACGCUUCGAGGUGCAUCUACCGCAAUCUUGUGCUGCCCAAUUCGAAACCCAUUUACGGUACGAUAGCACCGUGUGUGGGACCCUCAAUUAUGGUCAGAUUUUAAACAUUUCUGGUGUUGCGGCUCAGGAAUUAUUUCUUUGGUUCGCUGUCAAAGGGAUCCGUGUAGAUAUUCCUAGUUCUGGGUUGAUUUAUUUUGAUGUUGGGGUUGUUUCUAAGCAGUUUUCUCUUUCUUUCUUCGAGACCCCACGUGAUUGCACCAUUACGGACAAUGAACUGCCUGAAAAUCUCGUCUUCUUUGACAAUCGCGAACGAACUAUUGAGACUCUACCAAGGAAGAUAAUUAAAGAACGUCCCCAGGAGAGUAUGGCCCAAGCUGUUUCCUAAAUUGGAGAGGAAGAAAGCUUCGUCGAUGAUAAGGACAUGUCGAUGAAUUCCUGGUUCUUCCUGAAGGCCAAGAGUUUGUUUUCACCCUUUGUGUGAUUGGUAAAUCUGACAUUCGCACCAUCCCAUUUUCCCUAAAUGCUACAGCUACCACCGAGUAAGUUGUCGUAAUGUUGUUGAAGUGGAGGAUUUCAAGCUAAUGGUAGCCAGGUUCCUGCUGGUCAUGUAUGAAGCUAAAGUAUUGAUUUUGUAUUUGUAUAGUUGACCAAGUAUAUGAUUUUGUUCUAACCAUAUAAGCAUACUUGCAGUUUAUGUAAAUCGAAAUAGUAACAAAUGUCUGAAUUUGAAGUUAAGAUAAAUCUUUUGCUAGCUCAUUAUCUUGCAUUAUUAGUUCUUUGGAGUAUGACAAGGUAAUGAAGAAAUUUUGCUGCAUAUUUUCAAGUCAAUAACAUGUCAUUUUGUUUCCAAUCCUGCAGGCUGAGGUAUUACUAUUAUAGAAACCAGUACCAUGUUGGUAAUGUGGUGAGAUGUUGCUCACCACAUGUCAGAUUUGAUUUCAUAUUACACUUACCCGACAUGACAGAUGUAUUUGCCAAUGUCAUUGGUUCUGGGAAAAAAUUGCAUGUCCUUUCCGUAGUUGCAAGCGCAUGAAUUUAAAGGCAAGCAUAUUAGCAUAAUGAUUUGCUUAGUGUUUGGAGGAAGCUCAGCAGUCUCCUUCGGCAAUACUGCAGUGAUGGAAUGUUUAUUAUUACCAUAUCAACCAAGGGGCUAGAAUAUGUUAUCUGCAAAUUCUUCUCCCUACAUUGGUCCCGGGCGUAUGAGUGCAGUAGGCAAGUUUAGCUGCAACUGAGCUCAAGGUGUUGGUGGGACUUGGGAGAUAGGUACAUGUAUUCGGUGAACCUGUGCUGGUGGGGCAGACUUGAACCCCUUCUUUCGCCAGCUUUAUCUGUUGCUGGUCUGACUUUUGCUAUAUGCAGCAUUUUAGCAAUUCGGUCACUGCUGCGCCAACAAUCCCCACAGGAAUGGGAAAUGGCUAUAUAGCCGAAAUAUGCAUGAAAAUUUGUGUGAUUCGCUAGCAAGGAUUAAUCGCAUAUGGAUAAGUGGGUUUUCUUUAGAACUUUCCGUAGUGAAAUUUUGUUUGAUAUGCUCGGUCAAUCGAUGAAUUUGAUAUCUUUGAACCGUCAAACUUUGGUAUAUACCUAGAUAACCAUAAAUCACACAAUCAAUCCUUAAUCGUC